AAACGUGCUGAUAAAUAAUCUCGCAUCGAGCCUCUCGCCCCCGCCCCUCUCUCAAAUCCUUUCGUCUCUCCAAUCAAACGAAUUAGGGUUAGGGUUCCCAUCUCCGCCGCCAAUCAAACGAUGACAGGCAAGGCGAAGCCGAAGAAGCACACGGCGAAGGAGCUCCAGGCGAAAGCCGACGCAGCGCUGACCAACAGAGGAGGAGGUAAAGCUGGGCUCGCCGACCGGACCGGGAAGGAGAAAGGAGGCCACGCGAAGUACGAGUGUCCUCACUGCAAGAUCACGGCGCCUGAUCUGAAGACGAUGCAGAUCCAUCACGAGUCGAAGCAUCCGAAGCUGCCUUACGAGGAGCCGAAGAAUCUCCACGAGGUUCUUGCUGCUCCUGAAUCGUCCAAACCUAAACCUGGAAUCAGAGGAAGCCUCAAGAAGUGAUCUUGGUGAUUUGUAUCGAUUUCCUUUUUUUAAUUUAUAAAAUUGUGAUCUUUAUUUUGGGUUUUCUAUGUGAUAAAAUGAAAAAAAACUGCAACGAUGCUUGCUAUUAUAUAAAAAGGUUACUGAUAUCUAUUAUGAAUCUUCUGUUUUUAAUUAUGUAUUGUUUUAUAUUUAGCUGAAAAUUCUCUCA